AGUUACAUACCCUUACUUACAUUAUUGUACCUAAUAAUAUUAACUUUACCGAGAAAAUGGUCUCGGAAGCUUCGGAAAAGAAAGACAUAUGGUCAGCUAACACAUACGGGACAACGGUUGCUCCCUUCGUGGCAGCUUUGACGAGCAAGGUUGUAGAGUGGUUGGACCCUCAGCCGCAAGAUGAAAUCCUCGACGUUGGCUGCGGGGAAGGCGUCCUGACAGCAAGGCUUGCGCCACAUGUGAAACGCAUCGUCGGAGUUGAUGGUUCACCUAAUAUGAUCGAGUCAUUCAACAAGACAUUCCCUGACAUCGAUGCUCGUGUUGUAGACUGUCGAUACCUUGACAGAGACGCAAGGCUGUGUAAUGGUUCUUUCACGAAGAUAUUCUCCAACGCUGCUCUACACUGGAUUCUCCGUGAUGAGAGUACCCGAGCAAACGCCAUUAAGGGCUGCUAUGAUGCGCUCAAGUCCGGCGGUAUUUUUGUCAGCGAGUUGGGAGGCCUUGGUAACAUUGCGGAGGUCCACGCAGCCAUCAUUGGAUCCCUAGUUCAUCGAGGUAUCCUGGUUGAUGUAGCAAGAAAGGCAUCUCCAUGGUGGUUUCCAAGCCUUGAAGCUAUGAGAACUUUGGUUGAGGGGCAAGGGUUUCGGUGGAUCAAAGGUGAAGUCGAACUUCGACAGACGGUGCUUACGAACCACGAAGGUGGCGGGAUUGGAGGAUGGGUUCGUCUGUUUGGCGCGGACUUUCUCGCCCUUCUACCCUCCGAUGACCAGCGCGAAGCUGCAGUGAGAGAAGUUAUCGAAGUACUGGAGGGAGUUGGGAGACGUCAGCACGAUGGGGCGUUUACUGUCAACUACAUUCGACUCCGCUUUGUAGCUCAGAAGGAUUAGAAUGGCAGGUGGCCCAGAAUGUGUGAUGUGACAUGGGGGCUAGUUUGAUCAACUACCGGAUACGAUUAUAUGUGCAUUUCGUCCUUACAUCGGUAAGUAUCUUGUCGGAUGUCGAUAGGGCUCUAGCUAUAAAUUUUCAACAAGGAUCGACUACGUGGCUAAGUAGAUGACGAGAUUCUUGCAUAAGCACAUUUUCGGAAGAUUGUAAGCAUGUGUGGGUUUCAAUGUCUUGCGCCUCUGGGUUGUCUAGGUAGGGAUAUAGAUACCUACCACACGUGGUGUGGGGUGAUACAUGGAACGACUGGCUACGCAGUCUAUGGGACUGUCAUUCAUACAUGCUCCGUUUGUCCUGACGCUUUUCGCUUAUCUAGGUAUCUACAUAGGUGAUAAAUGUUUAUGUCAGA